AUGCAUCCUCUAUCGCAGUUUUUGCUGGGGGAAUUCUUCGAAGAACAUAGCCCAAUCACCAGGAACAUCUGCGACGAAAUUGCUACUACUAUCUCUGGUGGCAGAAGUAUCAGCCCUGCACCCUUGCAAGGUGGACAGAGCUACACAGUGAAAGUUGGAGAUGGCAUGGAUUUAUCUGUUAUCCAGUUCCGUGGUCCUGACAACAUUUUGGAUCUCGAGCUUCUAGAAAGUGCGCAGAAGACCUACGGGCAAUUCGUGCCUAUCUGCGAAUAUCUUGCCGAACAAUAUCCUGAGAAGGUAGACCCCUUGAAGAUCUACAAGAUGAACUACAUUCCUGGAGAUGUGCUUCUUCAAGUGAACGCCUUUCUCCACCAGCCUGAGAAUUUUGCUCUUCUCAAAAUGACCGUACAGGACUUUGCUAGAUUUUGUUCGUAUGCGUGGAAUAAUCGGCCAUCUAUGCCCCAGGUCAACAAAGCCUCGAUCCAGAACAAAUACCUUUGCACCCUGGACCGCAUGAUAAAAGUUCUUCCCAGCCACUUCGAGCCUGUCAUAAGUGAGCUAAAAACCCGAAUCCCCUCUCUUUUUGCAGAUGAUUAUCCUAUGGUAAUCAACCACUGGGACCUCCUUGAAAACAACAUUCACGUGGACACUAAAACAGGAAACCUUACUGGCAUUUCUGAUUGGAAAGACGCAGAACCAGGUCCAUUUGCCAUGCAGCUCUGGGGACUAGAGAAUAUUCUAGGCAUCCGGAAAAUGACUGGGAUGGCCUUUCAUCCACAGCAUAUUCAACUCCGCCAACUAUUCUGGAAGACACUUUAUCAGGAGAUAGGGGAUGUUUCUGAAGAGACCAAGCUAGCAAUUCAGACAGCGAGGAUGGCUGGUAUUUUCAUUUCCAAUGAGUUCACGAAAGCUUCCGAGGAACAAAAAAAGAUGUAUGUGGCUAUUCUCGAAUCUAUGACAUUGGACUUGUGUGAUAUUGGGCUCGGAACAGGAAAUUAG